AAGGAAAGUAUAUAUAUACAUGGCGGCACCUCGUCAUCACGACUGCUUCAUAACCCCAUUCUCAUCAUCUAUCUACCUUCAUCUUCAGCUCCACACCAGACGCCAAACCCCCCAGCCCCUUUGGAACUACGACUGCUGGAAUCCUCAACACUCCCUUCGUGGUAUCAAUCGCUUCUUGGUGUAGCUCCCCGACUCUCCUCCAUCGGCCUCCAAUCCCAGAUCCUUACGGCAAGAUGGUAUACGUCGCACAGCAUCAACACGUCAAGGCGUCAAGCUUGUGCCAGCAGAAGCCUCCUACGAGCGUGCCGCAUCCUCAAUACCUUCCUGGUAUUCGAUGCCCUACCUGCCGCGAUUCUGGCAAGGAGGUGUGGGUGCUGCCCGGGAAAGAGUGCGGCUACUGCGGCACCCCCUGCGGCUAG